GGUCCCUACUACAACUGCACAACUGUUCAUAGCAACAACACUCAUGUGAUAAGGGGCUUGUCUAAGAGAGGUCUAUGAUCUGAACUUCCUGUUUGCUGAGCAGCAGGCUAACGCCAUGCUGCAGGAUUCGUCUGCUACUACCAACCAGGCAUAAGAGACCUACAGGGGAAUUCUUAGAAGCCCUUUAAUCUGGCUUUCAAAUCCAAAACAACUCUGGUACACAUUCCUGCUCUGACUUUCAUCCUGUAUAGAGGUCACCAUGGCAACCGAGCCACCAGGAUUUGGCCCCAGUGAACGCCUGGUGGCUUUGUUAAGGGCCUGCUCCAGAGAUCCAACUGAGGAGAUUAAAACAAGACUGAGACGUAUGCUGGACACAUUUCUGCAACACCACAGGGACAAUGCAGGAAAUGAGAACACCAAUGAACUGGCAAAAAAGUGCUGCUGUAAUGCCCAGGAAUUGUACUACAGGUUCUUGGAAACCCUGGCCAUUCAAGAGAGGGAAAGGAAAGGCAUCAGUAACAUUUCAGGCAUCUUGGGGAAUGGGCUUUUCCAGUCCUGUCUGGUGGCCUGUUGCCUGGAGAUUACCAUAUCGACAAACCGUCUACCGUGUGACUUCCCUCUGCUCCUUCAGAUCUUAAAACUGGCACCAUACCACUUUCUGAAGGUGAUUGAGCUGGUGUUGCGGGCCGAAGGGGACCUGUCUCGUCCUGUUUUUAGACACCUCACCCAAGUAGAAGAAAAAAUUCUGGAGAGCUUGGCCUGGACCAGCCACUCACCACUGUGGGAGGACAUCAGAGCCAAUGAGGGCCAUCUGCCCACCUGCCAACAGGCGAUACCUCCUACAGAGCUUGAAGAUCCAAAGCAAACAGUCUUUCAACCUGACAGAAACCAACCAGUGGUUCUCACUUUGGGUGCUAAACCAUCUACCAGCACUGAACAACAGCGUUCCCCAUCAGCUGUAAACAGAUCUUGGAGAAGCAACUCCCUCCAUUUUUUUGCUGUCAAGAUCUACAAGUUGAUGGGAAAGCGUCUGAAGGAGCUGUGUUCAACGCUGGUUUAUUGUGAUGAGCUGCGUCUGAAGAUCUGGACCUGUUUUGAGUACUCUCUGGUCCACUGCACUGAGCUCAUGGUAGAUCGUCACCUGGAUCAACUGCUCAUAUGUGCCAUUUUCCAUACAACUAAGAUAAGCACACUGGAUACACUCUCCAAACGCAUAAUGAAUUGCUACAAGUCUCAGCCACUUGCCAGCAAAAGUGUCUGCAAAAACGUGCUGAUUUCAGGAGGAGAUGCAGAAAAUCCUCUCACUGGAAAAAACAAUUCUGCCCUUUCUGCACCUUCUGGGGAAGUUCAGAGAUCACAGAGCACAAAAAAUAAUGGAGACCACAGCAUCAGUAUCCUGACCCCUAAUACAUCAUCAACACAUUAUCUAGGACCUCAUCAGGAGGAGAGAGGCGAUUUUUUUGACUUUUACAUCAAGGUCUACGAGACAAAAAUGCAGCACUUUGCCCUGCAGUUUGGAGGAGACACUCCUCCCUUGUCUCCAUAUCCACAACAGCGGAAAGUGUCUCCUCGCAGACAGCUGCUGUCAAGCAGCUAUAAGCUACCACUAGAUAGAGAUGAGGAAGAGCAGGGAGAAGGGGAGGAAGACGAAGAUGGUCCUCCAGCAAGGAGGCUUCGUUCGGAUGGUCAGUCAGCCUUGCAGAGGCGACUAGGGGAUGUGAUAAAUGAUCGUGUGAGAAGUCGGGACCAGGACCAACCAUCUCCAGUUAUAAGGCCUAACCUAUAGUAGAGUGGAGAGUAGCAGGUCAUAUGUUUCUGAGGCUGUAAUAACAAUGUCAGGUGUUAGAGGAAAAGCACAGAGCAGCUUUGUCUUCCCUUACAGGUAUCUGUUAAGAAUUCCUUUGGGCUAAAUUCUUUGACAGCUCUAAGUAUUGUAUCCUGUCUCAGCUAAAAUUAUGCCUCUUUGCUCUUUUGCUCUGUACUAUCUCUGACACUUACUGUCCUUGAAUAAGACACCUAACCCUCAGCUCAGCAGCCAAUGGUAAAAGACUGUAGUCGUGUCGGCCAGCUCCCGGGUGGAGGUGCAUGAUGUACGAAUCUGAAGUAGGGCAUGGCUGGAAAGUGCUCAGUUGACAUUCCUUAAAAUUGUGGGACAAACUUGGCUGCCUCUAACAGCACUUAUGGGGACGAAGUGUACGCACAUGGCCGUAAUGAGUACCUGAUUUUAUUUGGCUAAAUUCUGAUUAGGUGAGGGAUGAUACUACUUGAUUAGUGCAAGCCAUUUUAAAGCAUUUUUAAUCUGUUUUUAUCCUGUAAUGAUAUUUUCUUAAAUAUACAUUCAAAUUUUUAAAAGACAAACUUAUUUUAGUCUGUGUGACACCCCUAAAUGUACUUUAAUCAAUUCUGGUUGUUUUAAAUUGAGCAAAGCGUUAGUUCAGGCAGGACACGAUGUCAAGCUCAGCUCACAUCCCAGCUACAUCAGCUGAUCUCAAACAGCCCGAUCAACUGAUGAAGAAGCUGAUUGAUGGAAGGGAGUCAGCUGAUAGAUCACAUGAUUCCUUUCUAUGCAACCAAUUGGCAAAUUCUUUCAGGGCGCCCUAUUCAAACUGCUCUGGCCUGCCUACUGUGACUGCUUCCUCUGCAAGCCAGGGAGGUUUGCCUGCCUCAGGCUUUCCUCAUUUGCACGUUGAAGGGCAGACAGGUGUGCCCUUUUUGCCUUUAGGCUUUCCACGUAGGCACGUGGGAGAGGCUUUCUGCGUAGGCCUGAAGAAAGUCAUAGGGGCCCCAGAACAGAGCCAUACCACCAAAUAUAAUACUGCAAAUGCAAAUCAAGUUUUCUUUGACUGAAGUGUUUCUGACUGAACUAAAUCUUUUGUGUGGACACCCUACUUUACUUGUCACAUUUACUCAGCCAGUUUGUAGGGCUGCUCGAUUAAUCCAAUUUUAAUCUAGAUUACGAUUUGGGCUUGCAACGAUUAUGAAAUCCAAAUAAUCGACAUUAAACGAUUAUGCGCUUCUUGUCAGUUUACUCUCAUUGUCUUGUGUUGCAAAUCAAACGCACCCGGAAGCCGCGCAUGCGCAAUACUGCCCCCUCCCCUCCUCUCCUCUAUUCACUCCACGAUGUGGAGUAGGUGAACUACGAAUAAUGUGAGUGGCAGGUGAUCACUGAAGAUUUCAAAAACAGCAUGCGGAAAAUGGCAGAGGAAGAGCAAGAGAAAAGUUGGUCUGCGUGUGUGUGUGUGUGUGUGUGUGCGCGUGCGUGCGUACAUCAGGGCUGAACUCUGCCGUGCGCGAUACAGAGAGCAGAGGAGAAUUGUAAACGCCCUACCAGUUUGUGACAACGAACGUUGAAGCGUUGGGCACACCCUGCCCAUUCCAUGAGCAAACGUCCACAGGGUGACACAAAACAAACAUGGAUAUUGACGUGAUAUUUUUCAUUAUUUUGUUUUUUCCACACUACAGUGAGUGGUUGAAAAUGUUGUUAAAAGAUGCUGUUAAAUCAAAACAUUGCCCAUGUAUUCUUCCAAGUGUCACCAUUAACUACAGUUUUUCUUAACAGUAUUAAACGAAGACACAUUUCACAAUAAACAUAAAUUUACUGACAGUGUAUCUUGUGUCUCUUUACAACAUUCCUAUUCAUUAAAUCAUUCUCUUUAUUCUUAAACAAGAUUUUUUACAGAUAUUACCAGCAGAGACUGUUUGGAUUCGGUUGAAUGUCCACAUUAAAUUGUAUAUACUGGUUUACACUCUGCUCUUUAUCCCUUUUUUAUAAAGCUAAUGAGAAGCAACCAUGAAAUCUGUUUCUGCCUCACAGAGAAGCAUUACCUAAUGACCAAACAGCAAAGGGACUCACUCCUGUAAUAUUUUAAUAAACAUCACUGGUUUUCAUUUCUCUGUCUUCACCUCCACUGUCAAACAGAGCUGUGUAUCUACCAAACUACUAACCUACAGUUUUUGUUUCCUCAGACCCUGUAGACCUGUAAUUAAGGAUCUGCUCCAACAUUAGCUGACUGGUGAUAAUAAAAUUCAUAAAUUCCUCUGACUGAAUGCGAGCAGAAACUCCCAGCACAUCCAUUGUUGGUAACCAUGGCUGCCCUGUGAUUGACACACAAUCCCUUUCUGUGUUUAUCAGUAACCAUGUUUGGCAUGCUACUGAGUUAAUUCUCAACCAAUGUUGCUUAGGAGGUAAUUACAAAGAGGCAGUGCAGCCGGCAGACAAAGGCUCGUAAAAUAAAACCAACACACAGUCAGGUGCCCAAACCCGACAGGAAGUCUCGAGGUUGCCAUAGAGAACAAAGGCACCUGAGCCCACAACACUUAAACAGGUCUUAAGGUUACGACCAGUGUUUUUACACUCUACACACCUCUGGACUCCCAUCAGCUCAACAGGGCACUGUAAACUCCUAGAUUUCGUCAAAUUAUGGGUUGCAACACAAGCCGGGGCACCACGGUGGUGGACCCUUCUGAGAAGCCAGAGGAGAGGCCGAAGACAGCCACUUCCACCAAGGAGGCGUCUACAGAGGAAACCAAUGGAACAACGGAGAAAGACGGGGUUGAAAAAACGGAGAGUUCCAGCUAAGUGCCAUAUCUACACCUCAUCCUUAACUCCUCUCAAGAUUGGCCUGUCCUGGGUGAAGGAGGGCCUGUCAGCGGGAGGAGGAGACGCAGCACUACUGUCCAUCAACCUCUGUGUCGUCUGGGCCAGCCACAUACACACAUGCACACAUGAAUACACACAGUCUGGAAGAAAUCUAGCUCUUAUGUUCAUAUUCCAGAAACUAUUUUGUGAUAAAUACACUGAUUCACAUAUUGUGUUGUGUACCUGUGUUGCCUUUAUAUUCUUUUCUAGCCUUCAUUUAGAUCUUUGUACAGCCCCCUGCGGCGUACUUUGCAUCGCCUUUGUUUGUUUUCACAGCCCUUAUAUGUUCAUUCUCCUCUCCUCCUCCUCUGAAGCGCUUACACACCUCUGGUCAGGGCUGAUAGUUUCAACACACUCUUUCAAAUGCUUCCAAUUCUGCUGCAGGCUAAAGCAGCAACCCUUUAAGAUAGUCAGCUUAUGUUUCAGCUGUGGAUACCUUGCAGCUCUCCAACUAGAUAGCAUGCUCUGCAUAUCAGAGUCAGAGACAGUGAGUGUUUUACACAGAAAAUAAUGAAAUGCUGCCAAGAGUUGGGUUACAAAAACGUUCAAGCACUUUCCAGUUUUCGCCACCAGGGGGCACAGACAAACACUGACGUAGUUCUCUCUGCCGCCACCAGGGAGCAGAAGUGAUCUUUCCACAUUGUUGUGAAACAUCUGAGGCUGGCUCCAUUUGCUGAAGACAUUUAAUCUGAAAUAUAGGUUGUAAGUUUAUUACCAGCUAGUGAAUGGAGCUGGAAUGGAAUAGCCAUUUCACAAAGCCAUAUCAAAAAUACCCAUCUCAGAGGCAGUGGGAAAUUACAUGAAAAUAUUACCAUUAUACAAAUGGAAAGUGUGAUUGAAUAAUGUGCUGGAGAAGAUAAAUGAAAAGCACUUUGUUGGAAAACGUGGUACUAAAUAGGUUUUUAAUUUCAGUAGUGGGAUAAAAGAAGCACAUUUUUACCCCAUUUCACUGCCAAUUGAUUAGUGGUUCCACAUCUGCAGAUAGAGAGGGGGGCUUAUCGUCUCAUUA